GCCGCCAUGGCGCCGCCGUCGCGCUGACCGCGCUGCGCCGCCAUGGCCGGGGCCAUCGCGUCCCGCAUGAGCUUCAGCUCCCUGAAGCGCAAGCAGCCCAAGACCUUCACGGUGCGCAUCGCCACCAUGGACGCCGAGAUGGAGUUCAGCUGCGAGGUGAAGUGGAAAGGGAAAGACCUGUUUGAUCUGGUGUGCAGGACCCUGGGGCUGCGGGAAACCUGGUUCUUUGGGCUGCAGUACACCAUCAAGGACACGGUGGCUUGGCUCAAAAUGGACAAAAAGGUCCUGGAUCAUGAUGUUCCCACAGAAGAGCCCAAAACUUUUCACUUCCUGGCCAAAUUUUAUCCUGAGAAUGCAGAGGAGGAAUUGGUCCAGGAAAUCACCCAGCACCUGUUCUUCCUGCAGGUGAAGAAGCAGAUUUUGGAUGAGAAGAUCUUCUGUCCUCCUGAAGCCUCUGUCCUGCUGGCCUCUUAUGCUGUCCAAGCCAAGUACGGUGACUACGAUCCCAACGUGCACAAGAGAGGCUUCCUGGCACAGGAGGAGCUGCUUCCCAAGCGGGUAAUAAACCUGUACCAGAUGACUCCAGAGAUGUGGGAGGAAAGGAUAACAGCCUGGUACGCAGAGCACCGGGGCAGAGCCAGAGAUGAAGCUGAAAUGGAGUAUCUGAAGAUAGCCCAGGACCUGGAAAUGUACGGCGUGAACUACUUCGCCAUCAGGAAUAAAAAGGGCACAGAGCUGCUCCUUGGAGUUGAUGCCUUGGGUCUGCACAUUUAUGACCCAGACAACAGGUUGACCCCUAAAAUCUCCUUCCCAUGGAACGAGAUCCGGAAUAUCUCCUACAGUGAUAAAGAGUUUACGAUUAAGCCAUUGGACAAAAAGAUUGAUGUUUUUAAAUUCAAUUCAUCAAAGCUGCGUGUGAAUAAGCUGAUCCUUCAGCUGUGCAUUGGGAACCACGACCUCUUCAUGAGGAGGAGGAAGGCAGACUCAUUGGAGGUGCAGCAGAUGAAGGCACAGGCCAGGGAGGAGAAGGCCAGGAAGCAGAUGGAGCGACAGUGCCUGGCACGAGAGAAGCAGAUGAGAGAAGAGGCUGAGAGGACCAGGGAUGAGCUGGAGAGGAGGCUGAUGCAGCUGAAGGAGGAGGCAACCAUGGCCAACGAGGCUCUGAUGAGGUCGGAGGAGACGGCGGAUCUGCUGGCAGAGAAGGCGCAGAUCACGGAGGAGGAGGCCAAGCUGCUGGCGCAGAAGGCGGCCGAGGCCGAGCAGGAGAUGCAGCGCAUCAAGGCCACGGCCAUCCGCACCGAGGAGGAGAAGAGGCUGAUGGAGCAGAAGGUGCUGGAGGCAGAGAUGUUGGCACUGAAAAUGGCCGAGGAGUCGGAGAGGAGGGCAAAGGAGGCUGAUCAGCUCAAGCAGGACCUGCAGGAGGCUCGCGAGUCGGAGCGCAGAGCCAAGCAGAAGCUCCUGGAGAUCACCAGCAAGUCUUCCUACACACAGUCCAUGAACUCGAGUACCACAGCACUGCACACUGACCUGCCAAGCUACAACCUCAUCAGUGAGAGCCUCUCCUUUGACUUCAAGGAUACAGACAUGAAGAGGCUGUCCAUGGAAAUCGAGAAGGAGAAGGUGGAGUACAUGGAGAGGAGCAAGCACCUGCAGGAGCAGCUCAACGAGCUGAAGACAGAAAUUGAGGCACUGAAGCUCAAGGAGAGGGAGACAGCUCUGGAUAUUUUGCACAACGAGAACUCCAGCCGGGGCAACAGCAAGCACAACACUAUUAAAAAGCCUCAAGCCCAGGGCAGAAGACCUAUCUGCAUUUGAGAAUUCCAACUCACCCUGCAGAGCACCAAGUCCCGUGUGGCGUUCUUCGAGGAGCUCUAGGGAGGAGCCGCUCG